AGAAUCAGUCUCUGGAGGUCGAGAGUUGCUCCUCUUCCUCUGAGCAGCAUUGUUUCUAAGUAACAUGAGAAACCAGCCAUCCUGCAUAGCCUAAUUUCCCUGGCACACAAACUGAGGGGCAGAGGCAAGAAAGGAACAGCUGCAUCAAGAGGGAAUUCCUCUUCAUAAAUACCUGAAGUCAGAGAGGCUCCAAACCCAAAUCCUGAAGCCUAUUGCAAUAAAUGACACAGAUCCACUGAGUUGAUGUUACAAUGACAACCAGAAUAUGGAAAGAAAACUCCUGAAGAAACAGAUAGAAAAACUCCUGGGAGAUUAUGUUGGCAUCAGACUACGAGAAAAAGGAUUCGAUCCAAGAGGACAAAGGCAGUCCACCUUUCUAGAUGACAUGGCCCAUUACAACUUAGCCCUCAGUGUUGCUUUGAUGUGGUUAAGUGACUCAGAUGCUCAGACUACACUGACAAGAGAGAAAAUGAAUUUUGCAGCUCACAAUCGAUACACAUAUCCCAACCGAAUUGAGAGAGAAGCUAUGAUAUUAUCUUCAUGUGCUGGAAUACUAAUGAACAGCAUUCCUAUAGAAAAGAUCUUUGAGAUUUACAGCAUGAAGCCCUCAACAACACACUGGCAGAGCUCUGCAAAAGUGAGUGACUUGUUUUUUCAGCACAUCUAUAAAAGUGAAGUUAUUCUAUAAUAUCUGUGCCU